AUGAAUACCUUCCUGCUCUCUGCACUGUGCCUCCUUGGGACCUGGGCUGUCCUGGCAGGGGGAGUCACCGUGCAGGAUGGAAAGUUCUCUUUUCCUCUGGAGUCAGUGAAGAAGCUCAAGGACCUCCGGGAGCUCCAAGAGUCCAGCACCUGGAAGAGCAGGAAGAGUGGUGGGCCCGUGGUUCCCCAAGUCUGCAGCCACCUGAAGUUUCCGGAAGAACUCAAGCCUCUCUGCAAGGAGACCGAUGCCCAGGAGAUCCUCCAUAGGCUGGAGGCCAUCGCCGAGGACCCGAGAUCGUGCGAGAUCUGUGCCUUCGCGGCCUGUGCCGGAUGCUAG